AGAAUCGAACGAUCCAUUGGGGCAGUACGCCAAAGCAACUCGGCACCGCGACACGAAAUAAUGGUUUGGCUAGCAAUAAUCGGCCUACUCACAUUAUGCCACUCGGGCAUUGCGCAUCGCACCAAAUUCCCCGACGGGUUUACGUUUGGCGUGGCGACGGCCGCGCAUCAGAUCGAGGGAGCAUGGAACAUUAGCGGCAAAUCAGAAAAUGUGUGGGAUCGUCUGACUCACUCUCGACCAGAACUGAUCGCGGACGGAACUAAUGGAGACGUUGCCACAGACUCAUACCACCGAUAUCAAGAGGACGUCGAUGCACUGGCGUACCUCGGCGUUGACUUCUACAGGUUAUCUCUCUCCUGGUCCCGUAUUCUACCUUCUGGUCGUAAUAACUACAUUAACCCAGAUGGCAUUCGCUAUUACAACGCUCUUCUCGAUGCGUUGGCUGAGAAGAACAUUGAACCUCUCGUGACACUCUUCCACUGGGACUUGCCUCAAUCUCUACAAGAUCUCGGCGGUUGGGCCAAUCCUAAAAUGAUCGAUUUCUUCCGCGACUACGCUGACUUUUGCUUCAGAGAAUUCGGAGACAAGAUCAAAUCCUGGAUCACUAUUAAUGAGCCGUACGAAAUUUGCGAGGAUGGUUAUGGAGACGAAAAGAAGGCACCUGCUAUUGAUAGUCAUGGAGUUGGCAAUUAUUUAUGCAGUGACACACUAUUGAAAGCACACGCUGAAGUCUUCCAUUUAUACAAUGAGACGUACAGGGAAAAGCAAAACGGAACUAUCAUGAUUUCCAUCAACUCGAUUUGGUACGAACCCAGCGACCCUGAAAACACCGAGCAGGUUACUUUGGCGGAAACUGCUAAUCAAUUCAAAUUCGGAUGGUUCGCACACCCUAUCUUUACGGAGCAAGGCGGCUACCCUGCAGUGAUGGUGGAAAAUAUAGCAAGAGAAAGUAUGCAGGAAGGUCUCACGAAACCCCGUCUCCAGCAAUUCGAUGAUUACUGGAUCCAAAGAAUCAAAGGCACAUCGGACUUUCUCGGCAUUAACCACUAUACCACAUUUUUGGUUACUGGUCCUGGUGUUGACCCUACUGCUAAAUCGCCUUCCUGGCUGAAAGACACUGGAGCCGUCACUACUAUGGAAGUAGGAGAGGACUCUGCUUCAGAGUGGUUAAGGGUUGUGCCGGCUGGUUUCGGAAACUUACUCCGUUGGUGCAAGAGCUCUUACAACGACCCGCCAAUCUACAUCACGGAAAAUGGUUUCUCAGAUCGCGGUACCUUAGAAGACUAUGGUCGCAUCAAGUACCUUAAUGACUAUCUUACUGAAAUCUUGAACGUGAUCUACGAAGAUAACGUCAGAGUUUUGGGGUACGCUCUUUGGACACUUGUGGAUAAUUUCGAAUGGAGAGCUGGAUUCUCGGAGCGUUUCGGUGUUUACUACGUGGAUAUCACACAGCCGGACAGGCCCCGUACGCCCAAACUCUCUGCUGAAUACUACCGUGCACUGGUCGCCACACGCGAGCUACCUCAAGAUGAACGUUUCUUUGAUCAGGCGAGGUUGUGAAGCAUGUAGUGGGAGCCUUUAUGGUAGAAGUACGAUAUGCACCUAGUAAUAUUAACACAAUGCUUGACAAACACAUAAUAUUUGAAAUGCCUAAUAAAAAAGUAACGUGCAAACAGCUUUUCCAUUUCAACAGACUGUUGGUACCCAAAGAAGCGAACUUUAGACAA